UACUUCAAAUUUCCGCAUUUUGGGCUAAAAGGACAAGUAGUCGCACUAAACUUUUCUCUGCUGUGGUGCAGUUGUUUUCGCUGUUAUUUGAGUGGCAAUGGCCAGACUUCUUCUGGGGGCAAACCUGAGGAGAUGCGUCGCCUCUCAGAUCAGAAUGGCAUCUGAUCAGCUUGGUGAGUUGGGCAAGGGAGCUGGGAAAGGUGGUGGUGGAGGAGGCUCUGUGAGAGAGGCCGGAGGUGCAUUUGGAAAGAGAGAAGUAGCGGAAGAGGAGCGAUACUUCAGGCAGAAGGAGAAGGAGCAGAUGGAAGCGCUGCGGAAGCAUCAUACGGAGGAGAUUGAGCACCACAAAAAGGAGAUUGAGCGUCUACAGAAAGAGAUCGAUCGCCACAAGGGCAAAAUCAGAAAGCUCAAACAUGACGACUGAACCUUGUUAUUUCUCCUUAGGAGUCCAGACUUAUCAAAAGGUUAAUGGUCAUUAGGCAUUGAUUUUUUUUCCUGCUUAUGUAAAGCAGGGGGUCAUGCUAACACUAUAACUUCAAAAACAAUGAAAUAAAAUGAUUAAUUUUCACAUGUA